AUGUCCGAUACGCAGCAACACCAAUGUGAUCAGUGUCAGAAGGUUUUCAGUCGUUACGAGCACCUCGUACGCCACAUAAACUCUGCGCAUACAAAAGAAAGGCCGCAUAUCUGCACCUUCUGCGGGCGCUCUUUUGCGCGCUCAGAUGUCCUCACCAGACAUAUGACGCUCCACACGCGGCCAUCGAAUCCGCUUACCAAAGACAGACGCCAUCGUAUACUUAGAGCGUGUACAAAUUGCAAGAGCAGUAAGCUCAAGUGCGAUGGACUGAAACCGACGUGCACACGCUGCAGCCAAAGACACAAGGAUUGCAGUUUUACGGAUGAAAUGCCUAAGCCAGAGCCAAUCGCACCACCCUCACCACCCUCCACCAAGAGACUUCGAUUACCACCGAUCAGUAGCUGGGCCCCUGAUCUCUUAUAA